AGGAAGGAGUCGAAAUACUUGGUGCUAAUGCAAAGGCAAAAUAGAGUAGUUCCAAACGGUGCCGUAUAUGAACCCUCAACCACAAGGGAAGGGCUUCAACACUAAUAUAACUCACGUUGCUUCUGCUUCCUAAUCUCUGCGCUCUACUCUGAAUUCAGUCUGUGGAGAAGAAAUACAACUAAUUGCAAUGGCUGCGCGUGUGGCUGCACGGUACGGAUCUAGAAGGUUGUUUAGCAGUGGUUCUGGUUCUGGAAAAAUACUGAGCGAGGAGGAAAAGGCUGCAGAAAAUGCUUACUUCAAGAAAGCAGAGCAAGAGAAGUUGGAGAAGCUUGCUCGCAAGGGUCCUCAACCAGAAGCAAGCUCAGGGGGUUCAGUAACUGAUGCCAAACCAAGUGGCUCAGGACACACUGGAGCAUCAGCUGAAAGAGUUUCAACUGACAAGCACCGGAAUUAUGCAGUGGUAGCUGGCACCAUAACAAUUCUUGGGGCUUUGGGGUGGUACCUUAAGGGCACUGCAAAGAAGCCAGAAGUGCAGGAUUGAACAUUUCAGCUGUUCAUUUUCUCAUUUUGGUAUUGGUUGCAGCAAGUCGCACAAAAAUAAAUAACCACACUACUAACUAUGAUUUUAUUGCAUCGUUCUAUUAUCACGAAUUACUACUUUAAUGUUUUAUGUUUAAACAUGUUAGUGAUAUUUUCUCAUGCUACUUAGCAUGACGAGCAUCAAUUUUUUUCCCAAUCGUUCAAAUGUCAUUCACCAGCAGCGGGUGAGAGAUGGUGAUGAAAAAGGAGUGGAGAUUGUAUGUUGCAGGAGCCGCAAUUAGCGUAUGAAUGUAAUGUCUAAAGUGAAGGAUAUUUGGAAUAGUAAACGAAUCUUCAUCGAGAUAUAGUUUAAAUCUAUAUCGAUUUUUUUUUAUAAAGAAUUCCCAUAUUGACUGA